GUUCAUACUGUGCUGUACUAAUACUAUUACUGCUUGUGCUACUGCUGGCCAGGUUGCUCGGGUAUUAGCCUAGGAUGUCUUCCCUGCUGCAUGUCGUAUUUGUAACUUCCAACCCGCACAAGCUGAAAGAAGUCCGGGCAAUCCUCGAUGGUAGUGUGCAGGUCGACUCUAAGGCGCUGGAUAUCCCGGAACUUCAGGGAACGACGCGUGAAGUCUCGCGCGCAAAGUGCCAACGAGCAGCCGAGUUACUAGGCGGCCCGUGUAUAACUGAAGAUACUGCGCUGGGGUUUGACGCGCUCGGAGGGCUGCCAGGAGUGUAUAUCAAAGAUUUCCUCAAGGCUAUUGGGCAUUCCGGGUUGAAUACGAUGCUGGAAGGGUUCCAGACCAGGGCGGCGAGUGCGAUAUGCACGUUUGCGUAUUCUCCGGGGCCGGGGGCGGAGGUGGUCCUCUUUGAGGGUGUGACGAGGGGGAAGAUCGUACCCGCCCGAGGAGGGGGGGACUUUGGCUGGGAUCCGGUGUUCGAGGUUGAGGGAACAGGGAGGACGUAUGCGGAGAUGGAGGCGGGGGAGAAGAACAACCUUUCUCAUCGGUUUAAGGCGCUGGAGAAGCUUAGAGAGUAUUUACAGGCGGGCGGUGGACUCAAGUCUGUGUAA